AUGAGCAAUGAACACACAGGAGAAGCACCUGAUUGGAUGCAGGAGCAAGCAGCCGAGUAUACUGAUCUUGUGGGUAGUUUUGUUGAGUCUGUGGUGGAUUCAGAUACGGACGAGAUGGUGGAGUAUCAAUUGAUCUGGGAAGGCGGUGAUUUAGGUGUAGCUCUAACAACAAUUGAAGGCGGUGAUGGUGGUGUAGCUGUGAGUCGUGUGACUGGAAAAGGUUUUCCAUUUGGUAUUAAGAAUGUCGGACCUGGAGAUCUUUUACUAUCGAUUAAUAUGAAAGAUACUACAAAGAUGAAUUUGGAUGAUGUUGUUGCUUACUUGCAAGUAUGUGACUUACCAGCUACGUUACGCUUUAAGAAACUAUCAACAGUGGUGGAUCACGUUCCUGGCUCAGUGCCUAGAAAAAGCACGUACGUUAUCACUAGUGGCAAUGCACAGGGCCCGACGAGCCCCAUGGGCUCUGCAGCUCCUCCAUCGUACCAUCGUGACUCUUCCAAGUACGUGCAACUACCUUUGCCGCAUCCGGGUCGUGCAUCGAUGCCAGUGCAUAAGAUACCGUCAGACUUUCCAGAACCCCCAGUGCCACCUCAACGUCAGAGUGCCAAGACGCCAGUCACCAAAACGCUGACUGAGUUAUCUCCGACGUCUACACUGACGGCCGCCCCCGAGCCGGUGGAGUUUCACGAUGAUGACGAGGAUGUACUAGUUGAGGAAAAUUACUACGCGGCUAUCAAACCGGGUCCUGCGACGGCAGUGCCAGUCUCUCCGCACAAGUCCAAGUCCAGUAAGAAGUCUGAAAUCGUUUCGCCUCACGAGUCUUUUGAGCCGGUCGAGAAGCUUCUCGAAUUAGACGGUUUGGUACUCACAUCGGGUGAGAAUGACCUGGGCUUUGAGGAAUCCGAGGAUGGUUCAGUGCGUGCAUCGCAUGAGUCGCGUGACUCAUGGUGUGAUGAGAGUUUUGAUGUCGACGCCAGCCAUGGUGCUUGGGAUGUUGAUGAGGAGGAGAAGGAGGAGACUCAGUUUGUUGCACACAAGGAGAAAAGAAGCAAAGAGAAUGCCAAGGAGAGAUUUCAGCGCAACAAGAGCGGUUCGACAGUCGCAAUGCUUGGACAUUUCUCUGUUGAAACAAAGGAAGGUGCCGUACCAAUCCUUCCUGACGCGGAGGAUGCUACGGGUAUUGCGGCGGUUGACAAUGUGAGUAACUUUUUGUCCGAAGAUCGUCAUGCGUCACCUCCUCAUGCAAGCGACCAAGUACGCCCGUCCGACAUGUCAUCUAGCUCGAUGUCAUCUUCGAUGAGCUCGUCCAUGAACAACACUGAUGCGCCGCGGCCUUCGGUGCGUGUGACCAUGGAUAGCACGGCUCCGCUGACGAAGAGCCACCCAAUCGGUAGCCUACACGAAAUGUGUGCGAAGGGCAAUCUUCGCGGCGUGGUGCAGCACUUACGUGUUGAUGGUCCUGAGGCCCUGUUGAAUCGGGAACCGAAUCACGGUCAGACGGGCCUACAUCUUGCGGUGAAGAGCGGCAAGGCACCGCUGGUGAAGGUGAUUUUGGAGCAGUACAAACCGCUUGAGGAUAUCAUUAAUGUUGAGGACGACAAGGGCAACACAGCUCUGCAUUUUGCAGCCACAAAGACACCAGGCAUCGUGCAUUUGCUUCUGGAGAACGGCGCAAGCGCUAACGUAAAGAACAGCCGUAAGUUUACGCCACUUAUCAUUUCGGUGAUUACGUCAAAGGAUGACAGCGUUAUCAUUCCGCGCAUGCUUCUUAAAUAUGGUGCCAAUCCGAACGAUAUGCACGACAGUCAAACGGUUAUUCACACUGCUAUCAGUACGGGACGAUUGCACAUUGCUGGUGCGCUCGUACGGGCCGGAGCAAAAAUGGAUGUCGAGGAUGCCGAGGGAAAGAGCGUGUUUGAAAAACUACCCCGCAAGGAUCUUCGGUAUCUGAUUUCUCACAUUUAUUUUCCACCGACGCACAUUACGAAGAAGGAGCGGUCCGAGUGCAUGUUGUGUCAUCAAAAGUUCAAGUUUGGUUUUCGCGAGCACAACUGUACGCACUGUGGUCGUCUUUGUUGUCCUGAAUGUUCUGCCCUUCAUGUUGAAAUGUUCAAGUUUCCAAUGGGUUUUCCUGGUCGUACUCGUCGUGGUGCGGCAAAUCGUGAUCCAAAGCGUGUGUGCAAGACAUGCUACAACGUUUUCAAGGAACGCAAUGAGGAACCAGAGAAGAGUGAUAUGUCGAGGUUUAUUAAUCGUGUUAUCAACAUUGAGUGGGACGAAGUAAAUCCGGAGAAGUUGCAAAAGGAACAGGAAGCAAGUCGACGUGGUGAGAAAUAA